AUGGCUGCACAACAACAAGAACUAGAUGAGAAGAACCCAUUCUAUGAGUUAGUUGUUAUUUGUAGUACUUCUGGUCAAUUUGACCAAACCGUCAAUUCGUUCAAAGAUAUUAUAAAGAAGUCUAAGUUAGUAUGUAUAAAAGACUCUGAGUUGUUAGAUUGGAUAAAGAAGUACCAAAGAAGAGUUUUGAAGUAUAAUGCUAUAAAUGAGUAUGUCAAUUCGAAGUUUAAAGACCCAAAUGAGGAAAUGCAGAGAAUAUUAGAGAAGAAACACUUCAGAAACAAACAGAAAGAGAUAGAAUACAUUUCGAAGAAAUUGCAAUCUUACGAUUGGAAGACUUACCCUCAUAGAUGUCUUCUUAUCUUAGAUGAUUUCGCCUCUCAUCCUUUGUUAAAGAAUAGAGAACAAGACAUGUGUCGAAUUCUUAAGAAACUUAGGCACUUUAACAUCUCAGUUGUCAUUUGUGUACAGACAGCAAAGAGUUUAAGUAAGGAUGUAAAGAGAAUACUUACUGACAUUGUACUUUUCCCCGGAUUGUCCGAAGACGAUUUCAUGGAACUUAUGAAAGAGUCCAUGGCAGGUAAGUUUGACAGACAUGAACUAUGGGAGAAGUACAAAGUCAUACAAGACCCUCAUACUUCUUUCAGAAUUCAUAUCUACGCAAACAAAGUUCAAAUUGUAAAAAGUCAAGCUUGA